AUGGGGAAUCGGGGCAAGAGUCCUGAGCACACUGGAAAGGGGUAUGAUUCGGUCCCAGGAGACAUGUUCUUUGAGGUAGCACCAAGGUUUGUCCGGGGCAGGCACUCUGCCAGCUCCACAGCAGGUUCUGUCCAAUCCCAGCUUCUGGAGUGGAAGAAUUUUCUCCGAAGGAAAGCGGCCAACACCCUGUUCCACCCUCCUCUUUGGAUUUUGAGAUAUUUAAUCAUUCACUGGAAAUGUGAAACAGGAAUAGUAAAGGGAGCAUUGCUAGAAGGGCAGCUAAUGAUUUCCAUAGAAGCACUAAGUUCUAAGCGUUUGCCAAAUUCUCUUCAUUGUGCAAUAACUAUUGCUUCUACAGGAAAUAUUUAUGGUGGCUUGGUCUUCAAGAAAUUUCUACAAGAAAUACAAUCUGUGCUGCCCAGAUUCUCUGCAAAGCUGACUUGGGCUUCAGAGGAGGGUGACCAUUCUCAAGACACAUCAAGUGUAACUCCCUUCCAAGUGAUUUUUAAGGCUGAUGAAAGUCCUCAAAGUUUGAAGAAAGACUGUUUGAUUAUAAAGCAGUUUUUACGAAAAGUCAUCAUAGUUCAUCAGAAGCUCAAGUUUAAUUUCCAUUUAACUGUGAAUGGGAUCCGCUCUGCUGAGAUCUUUGGGGCAGAGAAGGAGCCUACUUUGAGACUGUCCAGUGGCAUCACUCUUGUUGUGGGCUUUCAGCAUUAUGUGAGUAAGCCAAAAUUGAAUUCAACUGAAUCAUACUGCAGCAGAAUCCACCCUGUGCUAGGACAUCCAGCACUGCUAUCCAUCCCUGAUGGCACGGCUGACAUGGGCUUGUUGGGAGAACUGACACUGACUCCAGCUGCUGCUCUGUGCCCCAGCCCCAAGGUCUUCUCCAGCCAACUGAAUAGGAUUUCUUCACUAUACAUAUUUCUAUAUGGACCUUUGGGUCUGCCUCUGAUAUCAGAUCAGGAGCAGCCAAGUACCACCGUCUUCAGAGAUACCUCUUAUUUCAUUGACUCGAAGAAACACAAUUUGUUUAUGGUGCCCACUUUGGAUCUCAAUUUGGAUACAGACUUGGUGCUUCCAGAUGUGAGUUAUCAAGUGGAGUCCAACGAGGGGAAUCAGUCUCAGGAUAUGGACUCACAGGGACCAGCUCUGCUACUUUUCCUAUUUGUGGAUUUCCAUGAUGGAUUCCCAGUCCAGCAAGUAGAAAUCUGGGGACUCCACACUUUGCUCACAGCUCAUCUCAGUGCCAUCCUCUCAGAGAGCCGCAGCACAGUGCAAGAUUCCAUCCAGUCAGCCGUGGACCAGGUCUUGGAACGACAUCACCAGGCUGCUCAGGCUCAUCAGAGACUACAGGGCUCCCUCUCUGUGGCUGUGAGUUCCAUCAUGAGUGUGCUUACUGGAAGCACCUGCAGCAGCUUCCGGAACACAUGCCUCCAGGCUCUUGAGGCAGCUGACACACAGGAAUUUGGGACCAAACUACACAAAAUAUUUUAUGAUACCCUCCAGCACCAACUUCUACACCACUGCUCAUGUGACACAGAACAGCACCCGGUUCCACAGAAGAGGCAUUCCACCCAGAGCACGGAAAACUGGCAUGAGAAUAUCGGUCCGGAGUCCCUUGGAGGUAAGGCUCCAGGUUUAUGGGUAAACCCUGGGCUUAAAGCCGAGAAAUAAAAACCACGGCUUGGAUUGAUCCAACUAUUGCACUGCACUUCGGCUAUGCUGCCACCUGCUGGGAUUGGUUGGCUCUCACAGCGACUGUGGGUCUUGAGCAGGAGCAGCAGCAUUCGUUCCUACUUUAAAGUUAGGAGGACUAGCAAUCGGUGCAUUGUACUUAUUAGUGUGCGCAUUAAGUUUUCUAAGGAAAAGUGCUUUUGUGGCUGACAUUCCCAGGGAGCUGCUCAGGAGGAAUGUGCUAAG